UUUUCGACCCUUCCCCUCUAUGGGUUCAGAAUCGCUAUGUAUAUAUGGAGGGUAUCCGCUGUCUCGACCUGCAAGUAACCAGCCAUGCCUCACUCAAAGACGACGACCCUUCUUCUUCUCCUGAUUGGGGCUGCCACGGGAUUAGCGUGUAAUGCGCCUUUCCAGUCCGUGGCCGGCGGCUGCUACUACGUCGAACAGAACCUGCAGCUGGAUUGGGCGGGAGCUCGUACCUUCUGUCACAACCUGGGCGGGGACGGCGGCGUGGCAGAGCUCGCCGUCUUUGAUUCCUGCGAGACCUUCACACUCCUGGCCGGCUACCUCGGCUUCAACACUUACGAACAGUCCACGCUCUGGGUCGGCGCGCACACAGAGUUCACGGUCAACAACUGGCGGUGGGUGAGCGGCAUGCCCCUGGCCAGCGGCGUUCCCUUCUGGGCGCACGCUCAGGGCCACGACGAUGGUGAGGACUGCGCCGCCAUGGACAGCGCUUCCUUCUUCCAGCUCUCCGACUUCGACUGCAGCACGCCCAUGAGCUUUGUGUGUGAGCUUCCUGAGGCCAAGAUGACCCGUGACCAGGAAACCAAGGACGUCAACAACACCAUCCCGGUCCUGAGCUGCCCGAUCGACAGCGUGCAGGUGGGCGAGUACUGCUACUGGUUCAGCAGUAACCUGAAGACCUGGUCCAACGCCGAGGACUACUGCCGCACAAACUUCCUCAGCAACCAGGGCGAGCUCUUCGCCCCCAGCACGUGCGACGAGUUCACCAAAGUGGCGCACCAUCUCGACGUGGCUGAGCGUGACAGGAGUCACUGGGUGGGCGCCGCUGACUCCACCGGUGACCAGGAGUGGUACUGGGUGUCCGGCACCACGGUGCCCGGGGGCGCGCCUUUCUGGGCCACCGGUGAGCCCAACGACCACAUCCUCUCCAACUUCUGCGGUCUGAUGUCCCACAAGAAGCGCUUCUACAUGGAGGACGAAGGCUGCAUGAACCUGCAUUACUUCAUCUGCAAGCUGCACUCCGUCGUGUAGGGCGAUUUGCAAACCGACUACCUCGAUCCACCCAUCCGGCGGCACGGGCUGCACACGACACCACUCAAGCUCGUGCUGUCCACCUCACUGACGCAAGAGUUAACUACUGUUUUCUUUUUGCAUCCCUUUCAUCUUUCACUAAAUUUGGGAACAACCCUCCUUAUAAUGCAUUCGAAUAAAACCAUCUCUACUUAAAA